UCGGGCCACAGUGCACUCCAGUAUGUCAUCGGAACGUCGGUCACGAUCUUCCUAUCACACACCCCUUGGUUGCCAUGCCUCAAUCAGGAGUCAGGACGGAUUAUAUCAUGACGUAUCAUCUCCAUCUGUGUCAAGGACUGCUCUAAGACAGGGGCCGCCGCGCACACUCAAGCAUCAACCAACAUGUCGUCUCCCCAGCAAUUCGUCAACUACGCGCUCGGCGGCUGGGAACUCGCCGUGUGCUCUAGCCUGUUACUGCAAGGCGUGCUACUCGGGCAGACUGCGCGCUACCUCGCCAACGGGUUCCACCGCACGGAUCCGACGAUCAUGCGUGUUUGGGUGGCGGGGCUGCUCGUGCUGUCGCUCGGCCGGAAUCUCUUCGGGAUACAGUUGAUGUACGAGCAAGAUACCGCGCACUAUCUCAACUUCCCCGCUGCGCUUGGCGAAUGGCUCUCUGCACGAUUCGACGCGAGCUUUCUGAUUAGCGGCGUACUGGUGUACUACGUGCAGAUGUUUUUCUGCUGGCGCCUCUGGACGCUGUGUAGACAGAUAUGGCUGCCAUCGGCCUUCGCGUUGCUGUUUUCAGCUGGGCUAGUCUGCUCGAUUCUCGCAGUGCCCUUGGCUCAUAUGAAGCAGCCUGUGCGAUGGGCGGCGGCGUACCUCAGCGUCUACUUUGUCAGCGACUUCCUCCUGUGUGGAUCCAUGAUGUUUUUCCUCCUCCGAGACUCUCGCUCACAGCGCGUGUCGCGUGACACGGCCACCGUUCUGAACCGUAUUGCGCGGAUCACCAUCCAGUCGGCGCUGCCCUCCGCGGCGUGCGCGUUGGCCCUCCUCGCGUCAUCUCAGAAGAAUCCAGACUACGUCGCGGGCAACUCUGCGCUCGCGAUCACGGUCGUCCUCACUCAACUGCUGCCCAUGUCGUACGCGUACUCGGCCAUGUGGACGCUGAAUGCGCGGAAGGGCAUCCGGGCGGAGAUGACUCGGUCCCGGGAUGCUACAGGUACGGAUCAGAGCGGCUGGGGUGCGGCUGCAUCGAAAGCGUAGAUUGGAUAUCAUGAUGGAGAUUGGCCUUUCUUGCGACACAUAUCAUCAACUGCACUUGUAUUUGUACUGCACUACAUAUUCUGUAUUUGCCUCAUGGAGUUUUUUUUACCGUAUCGGAUGGAGGUUGACUGUUCUUG